AGGGGGAGCUCAAUGGAAACGUUAAUUUGUACAGUGACAGGUUUAGACCGCUACUGUAGAUUAAGAUUAUACGGUGCAUUCAACUGGGACCAGGUGAUUUUCAGGAACAUCAGUCAAAAUGCCUAUAAGACGUGAACAUUUCCUGCUUUCUUUAGUAAUGGCCGGGGUAAUGGUUCUCUGCUGGCUCGUCUUCUCAAACUGUGCAUCCGUGUCUCUCAACCAGGUGCAUCACCAGGUUGUGCAGAAUCACAGAUUACAGAGCAAGCAAGCCAAUCUUAUGGAACCAGUAUUAAAGAGCAAGCAAGCCAAUCUUAUGGAACCAGUAUUAAAGAGCAAGCAAGCCAAUCUUAUGGAACCAGUAUUAAAGAGCAAGCAAGCCAAUCUUAUGGAACCAGUAUUACAGAGCAAGCAAGCCAAUCUUAUGGAACCAGUAUUAAAGAGCAAGCAAGCCAAUCUUAUGAAACCAGUGAGGACUGACGUGCUGACUGUAACCCCGUGGCUGGCUCCUGUAGUCUGGGAAGGGACUUUUGACCCCCAGGUCAUAGACGAGGCCUUUAUGUCCCAAAACCUCACCAUCGCUACCACUGUGUUCGCUGUAGGGAAAUACACUCGUUUUCUUCGGGACUUCUUAGAGUCCGCUGAGAAGCACUUCAUGUUGGGACUGGACGUACACUACUACGUGUUCACCGACAUGCCCGACGACGUGCCCGACAACGUGACUCUGGGUGUCGGCAGACUGCUCAGCAUCGUGAGGGUGCCAAAGUUCGACCGCUGGCAGGAGAUAUCCCUCCGCCGCAUGGAGAUCAUCCAGACUGCCAUUAAGGAUUACAUCCACCAGGGGGCAAACUACAUCUUCUGCCUGGACGUAGACAUGAGGUUCCACGGCCGUGUGGGGCCAGAGGCUCUGGGGAGACUGGUGGCCGCCAUCCACCCCUGGUUCUACAUGUACCCCCGGAGCCAGUACCCCUACGAGCGGCGGACCGUCUCCAAAGCCUACAUACCCCAGGACCAGGGAGACUUCUACUACCAGGCCAACAUUUUCGGAGGAGCGCUGGAGGAUGUUCACCGGCUGACCAAGACUUGCAGUGAGCACCUGGAGGUUGAUAGGUCAGUGGGUGUGGAGGCUGUGUGGCAGGAGGAGAGUCAUCUGAACUGGUACCUGGUGAGGAACAAGCCCACCAAGCUGCUGUCACCUGAGUAUGUGUGGGACGACGCUAAAGGACGGGACGCCAAGGAGAUAAAACUGGUCCGCUUCUCCUCUGUCAUUAAGAACAAGGCAGAGGUCAGGGAGAACCUGUGAGAGAAGAAGAAGAGGAAGAGGAGAGAAAGGAUAUUUUUUCUUUUUAACACAAGCUGCAGGCAGGAGAGGAGAAAGGUGGGAAGGAGGAGAGGAGAAGAAGAGGAGAAGAGGAGAGAGAGAGAGGAGAAGAAGAA